GCCAGGGAGACAAUUGCGAUGAAGUAUCGGGACUUUGUUAUGUCGGCGGCGCAACGAGCAACAUCCACCAAAAGAUGCAGGCUCGAGUGCUCAUAUAUCUGCACAACGUGGACAUCAAUCGCUGCCACCCACAACAACUAACCCUUCUUACCCCACACAUACCGCACCGGCUUCAUCUUCUUCUCUCAUCCCGCAUUUCGAUGCGCUAGCUGCUCGGCCUUCAAUAGGCGACCCAAGGGUGGUAAGCCCAGGGUCUAUGAACAAUCACACGCCUUCGACGGGCAACAGUGUCAGUGGGAUUCAGGGCCCGCGACGACCGAAUCACCUCCACAUCCAAACUGACACUGCAACGUCGUCGCCUCCUUUUGCCACUGCCUACCAGUCUCCCCAGUUACCACAGCAUCCGUUACCCAGGUCGUCAAGCGCCGGGUCGCUUCCGAUACAACCAAACCGGAGAUCUCCAGUUACGACUAACACUCCUGUCAUUCCAUCGAAUGGCCCUUCACGAACAGCCAUUCUACCGCCGAAUAAUCCUCUAUUACAACGACGAGCAGCCUCAUUUGCGCAUCCAUCUCGGGCGCUUCCUAGCCCUUACGGGACAUAUACAGAAAGCCAGGCACCGUAUUACCAGCCGGCAGGUACGCCGCUAGUCUCGAGUCCAGUUUCACAGAUGAACUCUCAUCAUGUCCAGCCGAUGCAGUCCCCGCAACUUCAAAUGGCAUACAAUCAACUAAACCCGCCGCGCAGGGCAUCUACGUCGCAGUAUAACAUGAUGAUGCCAGCGACGCCAACUCAUGUUUAUUCCGCUCAGCCAAUUGGGCCACGGAAUCCAGCAUACCAAGUACCAGUUGCUAGCUAUCCGUAUUCCCUGGCUGGGCCCGUUCAACAAAUACCAGAAAACGAGUAUCCAGCUAGUCCGUAUGGCCUUGGCUCACUUCAAGUUGGUUUGCAGUACGUCGGUGUACGCAGUCCCAGGCGCGUUCCCUUGACUCCUGGCAAAAUCCGAUACUAUCAGUUUAUCAGACAGCUAGUAUACCAGCCUCUAGCCCUUGAGCCUCAAAGAGGACUGCGGUCUCUGUCUUUCAACGUGACAAAAGAUCAGCUACAAAAGUUGGCGAAGAAGAUCGAGGGGAUUGGUCUUCCGUUUUGCUACUAUUCCGAGGGCUCUCGUCGUUACCGGCUGCGCAUGGUUGUGCAGCCUGAGACACAAGCCGAGCCAUCUGAGUCAGAUUGGGUGAUAUCUGCAACAUGCUGGCCUAGCCAUAUAUUUUUUGACCUGAAUUCGAAGUCCCUCGAGCUGCGCCGAAAACAACAUUUUCAUAAAGAUCAGCCACUGGAGCUCACGGAUUUUUUAGUUGAGGGCGAGAACAAAAUGACCAUUAGCUAUCCUGCUGUCGAGCAGAAUUCGAAGCCGGGAUAUAAGCAUUUUAUGGCGAUUGAGAUAGUAGAGACGAUGAGCCAUGCCGCAAUCAACGAGCUAAUACACUCACGACGCUUCCCAGCAGAGGAGACUAGGUACAAGAUAAUACGUCGCUUGCGUCCCUCGGAUUCAGACGACAUCAUCGUCCAGGAUGAGACUUUGCCAAUCUCCUUGGCAGACCCUUUCAGUAAGGUGAGGGUUACGGUUCCUGUAAGGGGCAGUCAAUGCAAGCACUUGGAAUGUUUUGAUUUGGAAACAUUUUUGGAGACCAGACCUCGGAAAGAGCCACAAAAAGGAGGCGGCCCGCAGCAACAGGGGGAAGAACCUUCGUUGGUGGACAGAUGGGGGUGUCCAAUAUGUGGACUCGAUGCACGUCCUAUCAGUCUCUUGGUGGAUGAUUAUCUCGCGGCAGUUAGGCGCUCGCUGAUUAGCAAUGGCGACAUGCGGACAAGAAACAUCAAAGUGGCUCCUGAUGGUACGUGGUCUGCAGUAUGGGAGCCGGAUGACUCUGAUGACGAUUCACCGGCGCCACAACCUAAAGGUUCGGUUAACGGCCAUGCUAGUAGGCAUCCAAGACCACCCGCGACACCUGUCAUCGACAUAUCGGAUGAUGAAUAGAGUGUUGGAGGGGAGGGGUUCUUGGUGGGAAAGGGUGUUUUGGGGAAUUUUUGUUUUGGUGCGUGGCGUUCUGGAAACAAGUGCUAUCAGCAUCUUAGCAGGAUUGCUUUUUGAAAAUAGAUACCAUUUUUUAGGCUGGCUCUGGCCGCAAUAAUCCAGGGCUGGAUGGGUAUGAGACGGCACUCAUCGACAAAGGUGUCAGGGGCGUUCAUUCUUCAUUAUAUGCCCGUAUAUAUAGGAAACUGAGUAGGAUUGCCAUUCAAUUCAAGCGCUUCGUAUGUCGAGCAUAGA